UCACUAUCCCGUGAAAGAGGAGCAGCGUGGUUCUUUCCCGGUUCGGCAGAACGACUGGCAUCCUGCAUCCAGACACGCCAGCGCUCGGGUUGUGAUCUUCUUGGGCGAAGUGCAGCCCCGCGCCUGCCCUGCUCUGCAAGAGACACCUUUUGGAUCCGCGUUUGCUGCAGCGAUCGCCCAGCGUGCCCCAGUCCAAGCCGCCGCUGGUUCCAUCUGCCCCUUACACUUCAUUUAUCCGUGGAUCAUUUCAAGAGUCCGUCUUGUAAAUGUUUAGCAUUUUGCUGCUUUACUGCUUCUUUCUGGGGACAGUUCCAGCAAUUGCUGAGACCGGCCAAGAGAGGCGACUGAGUCCGGAGAAGAGCAAAAUAUGGGGACCUGGGCUAAAAGCAGCCGUCGUCCUUCCCGCGCGCUAUUUCUACAUUCAGGCGGUGGAUACAUCAUGGAAUAAUUUCACAUCUUCUCCAGGUGAGAAGGUGUUCCAGAUUAAAAUCUCGGCACCAGAUGAGCAGUUCACUAGAGUUGGAGUCCAGGUUUUAGACCGAAAGGAUGGGUCCUUCAUAGUAAGAUACAGAAUGUAUGCAAGCUACAAAAAUCUGAAGGUAGAAGUUAAAUUCCAAGGUCAACAUGUUGCCAAAUCUCCAUAUAUUUUGAAAGGGCCAGUUUACCACGAGAACUGUGACUGUGCUUUGGAGGAUACUGCCUGGCUCCAGGAGAUGAACUGCCCAGAAACCAUCGCUCAGAUCCAGAAGGAUCUGGCUCAUUUCCCUACUGUUGAUCCAGAAAAGAUUGCAGCAGAAAUCCCAAAAAGAUUUGGACAAAGACAGAGCUUGUGUCAUUAUACCUUGAAGGAUAACAAGGUUUAUAUCAAGACUCACGGUGAACAUGUAGGUUUUAGAAUUUUCAUGGAUGCCAUACUACUUUCUUUGACUAGAAAAGUGAAGAUGCCAGAUGUGGAGUUUUUUGUUAACUUGGGAGACUGGCCUCUGGAAAAAAAGAAAUCCAAUUCGCACAUCCAUCCAAUCUUUUCCUGGUGUGGCUCCACAGAUUCUAAGGAUAUUGUGAUGCCUACCUACGACUUGACUGACUCUGUUCUAGAAACCAUGGGCCGAGUAAGUCUGGAUAUGAUGUCUGUGCAAGCCAACACGGGCCCUCCCUGGGAAAGCAAAAACUCUACGGCUGUCUGGAGAGGGCGAGACAGCCGCAAAGAGAGACUUGAGCUGGUUAAACUCAGCAGGAAAUACCCAGAACUCAUAGACGCUGCCUUCACCAAUUUUUUCUUCUUUAAACACGACGAGAGCCUGUAUGGUCCCAUUGUGAAACAUAUUUCGUUUUUUGAUUUCUUCAAGCAUAAGUACCAAAUAAACAUCGACGGCACUGUCGCAGCAUAUCGCCUGCCGUAUCUCCUAGUUGGUGACAGUGUUGUGCUGAAGCAGGACUCCAUCUACUAUGAACACUUUUACAAUGAGCUGCAGCCCUGGAAACACUACAUUCCAGUUAAAAGCAACCUGAGUGAUCUCCUAGAAAAACUUAAAUGGGCAAAAGAUCAUGAUGAAGAGGCAAAGAAGAUAGCAAAAGCAGGACAAGAAUUUGCCAGGAAUAAUCUCAUGGGUGAUGACAUAUUCUGCUAUUAUUUCAAACUUUUCCAGGAAUAUGCCAAUUUACAAGUGAGUGAGCCCAAAAUCCGAGAGGGCAUGAAGAGGGUAGAAGCACAGACGGAGGAUGACCUCUUUCCGUGCACGUGCCACAGGAGAAAGACCAAAGAUGAACUCUGAUAUGCAGAAUACCUUACCUUCAAAUAAUGGUGCUCUGAAGACUCUUCCUAACUGAAAAGAAGAAUGUUUUUUGAAUAUUUCCAUGGACAAUAUAAAAUCUGCUAUGUGAUUGGAUAUGAAGAUAUGUUUCUCAUUAUGCAGUAUUCCUAUGACUAUUCUUUAAAGCACAUUUUUAGACUUUUAUAAUAAAACUGCUUUUAUUUUAAA